GAGUCAAACUUGAUCUAAACAUUUCACCUUGUUAAGAUAAACAAGUUAGGCCGGCUCGGCCCGAUAUGCAGCCCUAGGUGGUGUUGAACAAACCGAGAGAGAUUACCUGCUAAGCUACUACUUAAGUCAAAUAUGUUAUUUUUUGUAAGGAGUUCUAACUAAUGAAGACACGAAGUAUUCAACAAUCAUGAUUGCUAAUAGAAGUUGGACAUGCAAUGAUAAUAAUAUUAUUUGUUUUAAGGUACCUUCAUCUACGUAAAUCAUAUGAACGCCCUGAUCAAAUCUUCCUGCCAGAGCCAUAGAUCUUGAUGCUGGACAACUGACUCAUGGGUACUUGAUCAAAUGCGGUGUUUAUGGCUCUUGUGUUGAUGUUGGGUAUGGUUUACUCCGUAUGUAUGUGAAGUUGGGAGAUUUUCAUGGUGCAUAUAAGGUGUUCGAUGAAAUGCCUGUGAGAAAUAAUGUGGAUGUGUUUGCUUGGAUACCACAUGGGUUUGGUAGUAAUCGGACCGCUGAGGAUGUCGUGGAUGCUUUCGAGAAGAUGGUGGAGUUAUGUGUCGUUCCAAGUGUGCAUUCGCUUUGUCGUGUGAUUAAGGCUUGUGGUGAGUUGAACAGCAUCGAAAAAGGUUGUUUUGUACAUGGUUAUGUGAAAGAAAAUGGGUUUGACAAGCAUGUCUUGGUGAUGAAUUCUUUGAUAUCGAUGUAUAGUAAAAUGGUUAGGAUGGAUCUUGCUCAGCGAGUUUUUGAUGAUAUGAGUUUUACUGAUACCGUCUCGUGGAACUCGUUGAUUACAGGCUAUGCACAAAACCAGAACUGGCCAAAAGUGUUUGAGCUUUUUUUAUGCAUAAGGCGGGCUGAAAAUCUUGUUCCUAAUGUCGUUACAUUUUUGGCAUUACUUUCGAGUGUUGGCCAUGCUCGAGAAGCUAGUACAGGAAUGAGUAUUCACGGGCACUUGAUCACUAUCGGUUUAUAUUCUGAUGUCCAACUAGGAACCGCUGUUUUCAACAUGUAUGCAAAAUGUGAACGACUUGACUAUGCUGCGAUUGUAUUUGAACAAGAUUUGGUACACAAGACUUUAGUGUCGUGGAAUGCCCUAAUUGCAGCAUACAAACAAGAAGGCUAUGACCGAGAGGCAGCGGAUGUGUAUGAACGGAUGGUGGUGGAACCAGGUAUGAAGCCUGAUUCGUUCUCGUUUGCUAACGUACUUCCUGUUUAUGCCAGUCUCAGAGAUAUUCAAAGAGUUAAAUUAGUCCAUUCAAUGAUUAUAAAGACGGGUCUCGACGUUGAACAUGACGUUGUGUUGUCUACAGCAAUGUUGGAUGCAUACGGGAAGUGUUCAGAUGUGAAAGCGGCCGAGAAUUUAUUCUCUUCCACUCACCACCCGAAUACUGCAACGUGGAACGCGCUAAUUGCUGUUUAUAUACUAAAUGACCAAAUUGAAAAUGGGAUGAAUCUUUUUCGUCAAAUGGUGUGUAGUAACGUGUCAUUAGAUUCUAUAACCAUGGUGACAAUCUGUCAAUUAUGUGGACAAAUGGGUUCGUUAAAGCAUGCUAAUAUGCUCCAUGGGUUUAGUCUUGUGAAAGGGUUUUCUUCACAUCUUAAUUUCGGAAACGCGUUGAUAGACAUGUAUAUGAGAUGCGAAUGCACAAAAAGUGCUGAGCGUUUUUUCCAUUCAAUGCCGAUAAAGAACAUAGUUACAUGGAAUACCAUGAUUUAUGGUUACAUGGCGGUUGGAUGUUCUUCCACGGGUCUUAGCCUCUUUCAACAAAUGCAAUCAGAAACAGGGUACAAGCCGGAUUCCGUAACCAUUAUUUCAUUACUUCAAGGAAGUUUAUCUGUCUCAGCUAGUUUUCUUGACUUGUUUCAUGCGUAUAUCUUGAAAUACGGUCUAGCUUCCGAGACACAGGUUAUGAACAGUUUGAUCGAUGCAUUUGCAAAGAUUGGGAAUUUAGAAAAGGCUCGAGAGUUGUUUAAGCAAACUGAUUUUAAAAGAGAUCAAAGCUCUUGGAACAUAAUGAUUGCAGGAUACGGAAUGAAUGGCCAAGGGAGCGAGUCUUGUAAACUUUUCGGUCAAAUGGAGGGCAAUGGGUAUGCACCCGAUGCCAUAACAUUCACAUGUUUGCUAUCGUCUUGCAGUCAUUGUGGCCUAGUUGAGGAUGGAUGCAAAUUCUUUCACCUGAUGAUUACAAAGUACAAGAUUCAACCAAGUAUAGAGCACUGGACUUGCAUUAUAGACAUGUUGGGACGGGCCAAUAGUUUGGAAGAUGCGUAUGAUGUGAUCAAAACUGGGAUUUAUCAGAAAUAUAGUGAUUGUGCCCCAUUAGACAGUGUUGCUGUUUGGGGGGCUUUAUUGAGCGCGUGUAGAUUCAGUAUGAACAUGGAGGUCGGGGAGGUUGUUGGGACAAAAUUGUCCAAAAUUGAGUCGGGUAGUUUAGAGUACUACUCAUUGCUCUCGAAUCUGUACUCGUCAAACAAGAAAUGGGAUGAAGCAAUAGAAAUUAGGAAAGUUUUUGGUGAUGGUAAGGCGGCGAAAAAACCAGGGCUAAGUAGUUUGAAGAGUUGAUAACUUGAGAUACUACAAGGCUGGUCAAGUUUGGGUUCACAUGAUGGAGACUUACCAAACAAACAAACAAACAAACAAACAUGCCCUGUAAAAUCUCACUCAUAGCAGAGGUAUUGGCAAGGUAUACGGAGGGUGGGAUGAAGACAAACCUUUCCUCUAACAAAUGGGUAGAGAGGCUACUCCGAGUGAGAGCCCCCCAACUCCAAUUAUUUUCGUCGUAUACAAUAUAGUAAUCCAUGUAACAUAAAAUGUGACAGAGAAUCAAAGCGACAACCUAAUUGAGACUUCAAGCCUCAAAUUGCCACAUUACCACCCGCA